AUGACGGAUCCGAAGGGAGACGGAACGAUUUUACUCUAUGUUACUAUUGUGAUGUUGACAUUAAGUUGGGUGGUUGUGAUAGCACGGCUCGGAGUACGAAGAUGGAUCAACGCUUUCGGAACAGACGAUUGGCUCAUGUGCAUUGGAUUGGUCCUCUACACGGUUACAGCAUCUCUAGUCAUCGUCUGCUGUUACUAUGGUGCCGGCCAGAAACGAGCAGAUCUUGAGCCCAAAGUCAUCAUGCAAGGAACCAAACUCUUCUUCAUUGCCGAGUUCUUCUAUGCCUCUUGCACAGUACCUAUCAAAUGCAGUAUUUGCGUUUGUCUGCUUCGCAUAGCCGAUGCGCGCCGUCGGUUUGUAUGGACGCUUUGGGUCAUUAUGGGCAUGACGGCCAUUGCGUCCGUUAUCUUCAUCAUCGCAAUCGGAAACUUGUGUCACCCAAUAACGACUCUAUGGGGAGAGACCACCUACGGAGUCUGCAAUAUGAGCCUAAACAGCAAUGUCAGCUUCUUCUUUUCAGCCGUUUCGAUCGUCACGGACUGGUCGCUUGCCAUCCUACCGGGAGUGCUGUUAUGGAAUGUUCAAAUGAAGGGUAAAGUCAAGCUGUCUGUCGCUGUCAUGCUGGGUCUUGCCGCUUUUGCAAGUUGCGCGACCAUCGUUCGGCUACGUUUCCUGACUCUAUACGACGACAUAAAUGAGUUCAUGUUCAGCACUGGUGCUAUUGGCUUGUGGUCCGUUGUCGAAGAAGGCAUCGGCAUUAUUGCUGGCUCUAUGCCGGCUCUCCGCCCUCUGCUCAACCUCCCUGUCUUCGGUCGCAGCACCAACCGAAGCAAUCCAAACCAGCUGUCUGCUGGCCACUCUCGACUAACACCCAAUCCGAUGCAUCGACUUGACGAUCAGGCAAACGAAGGAGUCAAAAUGGAUACAUUCCGAACAGCAACCACAACUGAGUCUGGGCGAUCCCGAACUAAGCCGCGUGGUUCCUCGGACGACGACGGAGACAGUCAGAAGAAUAUAUUGAAAGAGACGCAGUGGACCGUGACUGCCGAGAGUACAUCAGCUUCGGACGACUGGGCUAGACAGCAGGUGCUUGGGUGGAAUAAUCGUAAAUUUUAG